AUGUCAAGGACAGACUUGAGAAUCUACAUAAGCAAAGCACUGACCUUCAUUUUUAUUUGUGCAGCACCAACAGUGCCAAGCAGAGCUUUGCCAGAUGUUAGUGAAGCUGUCGAUGGCGCCGUCGUCCCAACUAUAAAACAUGGCGUUCCUCAGGGCAGCACUCCUCCGUUCUGGAUCACCAUGACAACCAGCCCUUUAGUGUUUCCCACUUUCUGUCCCUGGUUCAACAUCCCAGAUUAUCUGACAGUCAGUCUGAACGGUUUAAAGAAAACCAUCAGCCAGGCCUCAAAGUUCUGCACCGUCAUGCUAACGGGUUUGCCUGAGAGAAACUACACCCACCAGGACGUCGCUAAGCUAGUGUGGAAACAUUUCCCCAAACAGAAUCUGCAGACUCUGUUCUACAACGUGGUGGUUUUACCGCUACAGAGGAGGGCCUUUGUGUUUUUCAGCAGCUGGGACGGAUGCAGUGAUUUUGUCGGAAGUCACAUCAUAAAUCCAGUUUUUGUUAAAGGCUCCAGGCUCAGUGUUCACCUGGUGUUGGAGGACAUGCAGCCCGGAUUCAGUGAGGAGACGAUGUACCGAUCUGUGAUGAAGUGGAGCAACGCUCACGUUUCUCAGCUCCGGCCUCUGGACAAGCGGCUGCUCUGCGUGGAGAUCUCUGAACCUACAACUCACCUCGUCAUGAUGGUCAUGAAAAAAGUGGCAACCGUUGCUCCUUUCGUCAACUUCCUGCCGCUGGCUAACAGGAUUGUGAUUGAAAUGGCUGAACCAAGCGGCGUAACAGCAGCUGUUCUCCAAAUCUCACUGAACUCCUCACCAGAACACCAACUGUGGAGCAAAGUUAAACGUAUUGAACCUUUAAAGAGUCUGAAUCGGCGUCUUCGAGACUCAAGAGAGGCUGUGAUAAACCUUGAAUCGGACUCAUCGAUGAAACCAGCUGCUACAUCAAAAUCCAAACCAGACAAGAGAAACCUUCGUUCAGAACCAGAAUCGCCAUCAGAGGAGAAUCUUUCUCCAAAGAGGAGGAAGCUGGAGCUGAGUGACCAAUCCCAGAUACUUUACAAUAAAACUGAAGAUGAAACAACCCAGAAAAAAUGUCAGGAAGACCUUCAGGUCCAUGUCAGUUCAACUGAAGAUCAGACCAAAAACAAGACUAAAGUCCAGAAACCAGAAAGUCUCUCCAAGCUUCUGUCUGAAGACUUUAAACUUCACCAAACGAUGGACUCAAUGGAGGAUCAACCAGAAACUAACAAAGAAAGCAUCGCUGUCGCAACCAGAACCAAACCUCCUAAAGAUGAAGAAAUGGUUCACGAGACACAAAGGUUGAGUUUUCCUGAACGACGACGAGCUGGAAACAUUUCCUAUCAGAAAGCGACUGAAGACGAUGAAGAGGAGGAAAGUCCAGCAAACGAAAAGAGAAAGCUCCCAAAGUCGUCUUUGAAAGUUCUCAGGAAUCUGGAUGAAGUGAAAGAGGAAGACGAUGCGACGGAGGAAGAGUUGAGGGAAGGUUUAUGGAGGGAAAACCUUCAGGAUGAGGAUGAGGAAAACUCAGCCGGUGAGUUUGUGGAGCCCAUAUUGGGUUUUUUCUGCUCCAUUUGUUCGGUUUUCUUCCUGGACGAGAACGCAGCCGAGGAUUCGCACUGCUGCAGCCGCUCUCACCUCCGCAACCUGCAGAUUUAUUACCAGAAACUUUUACAACAUUAAUCUGAGGAACGAUGUGAAGGUAAAUCCAAUGUUUCAUUUUGUCAACCCAACAUGAAUGUAAAGCCAUUGGUUUGUUUUUUUUGGCUGUAAAGUUUUCCUUCAUCUGCUAACUUAACUGCAGAUUAAAGUUUUUCAUUUCCUGUCAUUUGGGUCCAGAUCAGAUCAGAACCAAGUCUGUUCACGCUCCAAAAAGAGCUAAAAAUCAUUUUUCUCUUCCUACAUUUUAGUAGUUUAUAGGUUUUCUAGUAAGGAUUGGAUGAGAA